AUAAACAGAGUGAUGAGAGGCCUCUCUAUCUGCAUCACCUGCCUCCUGAGUGUGUUCCAGGCUGUGACGAUCAGUCCCAAUACCUCUUUGUUGGCAAAAUUUAAACAUAAACUAAAAAAAUACAUGAUCUAUUCUUUCUUCUAUUUUUGGUCUUUCAAUUUGUCAUUCAGCAUUAACCGGAUCAUCUAUACUGGCGCUUAUACCAAUGUGAGUGAGACCAACCAGUUGAAGGUGACUAAAUACUGCUCACUCUUCCCCAUGAACUACAUCAUCAGGGGACUGAUUUUAACCAUGACAACUUUAAGAGAUGUGUUUCUUGUAGGAGUCAUGCUGACUACAAGCACAUACAUGGUGAUUAUCUUGUUCAGACAUCAGAGGCAAUGCAAGCAUCUUCAUAGCAUCAGCCAUCUGAGAGCCUCCCCUGAGAAAAGGGCCACCCAGACCAUCUUGUUGCUGGUGGUUUUCUUUGUGGUCAUGUACUGGGUGGACUUCAUCAUCUCAUCCUCCUCAGUCCUGUUAUGGAUGUACGACUCAGUCAUCCUGACUGUUCAGAAGUUUGUGAUGAAUGCCUACCCCACAAUUACUCCAUUGGUACAAAUCAGUUCUGAUAAGCGAAUAAUCAUCAUACUAAAAAGUAUGCAAAAAUUAUGCCCCCAGAUUUUUAAAAAAGUAUAA